AUGGAAAAAAAUACAUUUUUUUGUUUUUUCUGUAAGGUUUCCGUUAAAUUUGAUUAUUUUGGCAAAGAUCCGUCAUUUUUUAAAAAUAUAAAUGUGAAAGAAGAUGUCUACAUAAUGAGAGAUCCAUUCACUAAUGAAAGAAACUCCUACAUCAUUCUAGGAUCACAUUGCUCUUCAUGUCAAAAAGUCGUCUGCGUUUCAACAGACUGCAGUUUAUUUUAUUGCCAGAGAUAUUGCCUACCAUGUUCACUAGAAAACUUUGAUGUUUUCCCCAAAGAAAUUCAAGUACUGUUUUUAUUAUACUAA